AUCUAGGCUUCAUGAGGAACUAUCCACUGUGGCGGGCGAGUAAGAAUGGUCACACCGAUGUGGUCCGCUUGCUGUUGGGCUCUGAUAAAGUCAACCCUGGGGAUGACAAAAGUGUUGCCCUGCGAGUAGCAUGCGAAGAAGGGCACAUUGAGAUCGUAAGGAUGAUGUUAGCUUUGCCGCAUACUCAAUUUGUAGAUCCAGGCAUCGAGAAUGGCUUUUGUCUUCGGAAGGCAAUUGACAAUAGGCAUUCGGAGGUCGUGAGAAUGCUGCUACAGGAUAUGCGGGUGGACCCCUCAGCGGACCACAACUCGGCUCUGCAGAUUGCUUGUGAAAGGAAUGAUCCCGCGGUUGUUCAGUUGUUGUUAAAUAACCCAGCCGUCGAUCCGACUAUGGACAAUAGUAAUUGCUUGGUUUUGGCGAGUAAGGCCGGAAAUCUGGCGGCAGUACUAGUACUACUGGCGGACGGGCGCGUGAAUGCUAACGCACGAACCGGAUUUGCUUUGAAAGCCGCUAAUUCUCGUAAACAUAAGGAAGUGGCAAGACUGCUGAAAGCCUACAUGAGAGGUGGCACUGCCGCCGUUAGUGAUAACAUUACGAAGGCUCGUCAAUCUUUUUCGGGAGAGUCAAUGAUACAUCGCACUGAUUCUGUGGUCCCAGUGUCCGCUAGAGCGAGUUGUCCUCAGGACAAUCGCAGAACGAGCGAGGAAGAAUUGGCUGAUAGACGUGGAAGUACUUUGGCCUACUUUUCGGAUCUUAUCAUGGGGAAGCGAAAAUCUACAGAAAGCGGUUCUGUCGGAAGUUCCAAAGCGAAUACUGGACGACGACCAACAAAAAGUGCCGCCGUUUGAGGUGAGAUGCUUUCUGAUUAUACUGCCGUAGUUUACCUUGAGAGUAGUUUGACUAUAAAGCAGAAUACAUAAAGAGUAUUUGAAUUGUGAUAAUUCAUUAUGGUACGGACGAAUUACUGUUGUGCUUUAAUCUGACGCAUCACAUGAAGUUUUCAACAUGAU